AUGGCGCCGAUAUUAGAAGCUUUCCACGCCUCCGAACUGCAAUCCAGAAUCAACACUCUCCCGACAGGCAAAGCGCACAAAUCUCCCGUGAAGGACUUGAAGAAAGAGUGCACACUCAAGGAAUUACUGCAAUACAAUUGUGAUUUGGAUGGACCGAAGGAUGAUCCCAAGUCCAAGGUGGUGUGUAAGCCAGUUUUGAGAUUAUUCCGGCAAUGCGCAAAUGGUCUCACGGUGGAGACGACGAGUUGGGAGGACAGAUUUGACGGGAGUACUGCAGAUGGGGGAAAUUUGAUGAAAUGA